AUGACGGAUAAUGCAGCAGCCUCUGGGUCAUCCUACCCACAACCAACCCAGUUUGCCAAUACGACCGCUUUUGACAUAAAUCGCAAUAUGUCAGAUUCCCAGUUUCUCCAAACAGUGACACAAUUGUCAAGUGCCGCAAAUGCUGCUUAUGCCUCCCCCACCCCUCUGGCACCACGCGCGAAGACGUACAUGAAAAACCUCCAAAACUGGUCCACAUCGACGACACCACCCCCAAAAAAUCCAACACAACCCAUGAGGGCGAGCAGAUCGCGAACUACACGCCCCAGCACCCUCGCGAGCAUGCCCACAACAUAUGUUCCACAGCCCGUGUACCAGCCACCAUUGAUCCCACUCAUCCCAACCCUUCCUAACGUCCCUCCCAACCCCCCACGUCCUCCCCUUCCCACAACCCCGCAAGCCUUCACAUCGACCUAUUCAUCCCGACUCAAGACGGGGGUGUCGCUCCUCGUCCAACCCAUCCUCGCGGCGGCUUCAUUGGCGAGCGUCCGGACAGGAACGCGGCGCGGUGGGCAGAUCAACUACGCAGACCCUGGCUCAGGCGACGAGUUCCCCGACGCGGGUGCGCUCGAUUCAGAUGAUUCGGAUUUUGUGGCGAGUGGGGGCACACGGACGUCGAUUCGUCAGUCGCGGUCGCGCAUUGGCACGGGCAUGAAUGUUUUCAAUGCAACGACGGGUGUGUCCACAUCGCGGGGGGCGACUGCUACCCCACGACCACCGGAGAAGGCGGAGCUGGAGCAGAGCUACCUUGGGAUGGUGCCGCCUGCCAGGUUCAUUAAGGCAAGGUAUAUGCCCCCGACACCGCAUGAAUAUUCGUCGAUGGAUCAGAUGGUGAAUCAAGCACAGCAGCGGCCCUCUCUCGUGCCGGUUCGGGUCGAAUUCGAGACGGAGACACAUCGAAUACGAGACUGCUUCGUGUGGAACAUCAACGAGGCGCUCAUCAAGCCAGAAACUUUCGCGAAGAUCUUCUGCAAUGACCUUGACAUUCCAGCGGACACUUGGAUCCCCACUAUAGCAGCGCAAAUUCGUGCACAGUUGGAGGAUUACGAGGGAGUCGCCGCGGCGGACUUGGGGUUAGAUGGAGCACUGGACCUUGAAUCGGCGCCUCCAGCAGGAGAAGAGGUGCCCGAGUGUCGCGUUAUCCUCAGUAUAGACGUCCAGAUCGCGAACCACCAUCUUAUGGACCACAUCGAAUGGGAUCUCAUGUCGCCUCUCACCCCCGAAGCCUUCUCCGCUACCCUCUGCGCCGAGCUCGGGCUGACUGGCGAGGCCGUCCCGCUCGUCGCCCACGCCGUGCACGAGGAGCUCAUGAAGCACAAGCGCGACGUCAUCGAGUGGGGGCUCAUUGGCGCCGGCACCGGUGGCGACGCAGCGGACGACCCCGACAAGCCAAGGGAUAGAAGUGGGUAUGGGCUGGUGAAAGAUAAGACGGGUCUGGGCCUGGGUUUGGGUCGAGCACCGAGGGAUGGAAGAGGCCCGAAGACGCUAAGGAGUGUGUGGAGGGAUUGGGCAGAGGCGGAGGAGUUCAGGACGGCGUUUGAGGAGCUGACGCCGGAGGAGGUGGAGAGGAGGGAAAUUGAGAGAGAAAGAGCUACGAGACGUCUCAGGAGAGAAACCUCCAAAUUCCAGAGCUCUACGCGGAGCAGGAGGAGAUGA